AUGCCUCCACGACAGCCACCUCCUCUCCUCCGUCUUCCAUUGGAACUCAGGCAGCAGAUAUACUCCCUCCUCCUACCCCUCGAAAACGUGUCCCACCCUCUCCCCUCCGUCGGCAUAACCUCCGUCUCGCACCGUCCGCCGACCUCGUCCCUCCUCAACAUCCACCCCACCAUAACCGCCGAAAUCCUCGACUACUUCUACACAAUCGCGACCUGGAAGCUCGUCUUCUCGCACGCCUUCAACUUCUUCCGCGUCGAUCCCGAAUUGAGACGUCUCGAAUCCUCGCCGUCCCUCUCGCACAUUCGGAAGGUGGAGGUGGUGUUCUUUUGCGAUGUGUUGCUCUUGCACAGCUAUCCGUCUUUUGGGGUGGAGAGCUUCUGCGAAGAGAUUGAACGGAGAGCUGCCAGGGCUUGCGAUGUCUUGGGAAAAGCGAAGAAGUUGAGGGUUGUGGUUGUGAGUUGGUGUGAUUCGACGGGUACCGGGAGAUGGCAUGAGAAGGCGAAGAUACUCAGACCUUUGAGGAAGCUGAAGGACAAGAACAAGAACGUCGUAUUCCGAAUUGGAAAAGUUAACGGGCCAGAAGAUCUGGAGAGAGAGGACUUCGUCGAGGCAUUGAGGGAUGUUCUAGGUGCCGAGGAGAGAAUUGAAACGGGUUAUGAUGGGACAGAAGAUCCAUCAAGCAGUCUGAGGAUGUUGGCAUUUGACGUGAGACAAGACAGACGCCAGCUUUCAGCCCAGCCCGGCGUUUCAAUGCCGAAGAUGGGGAUGAGAAGUGGAUGGAAAGGAGCACCACCUUCGAUGGAAGCGCCAUUAGAAGACGAGAACGAGUCCUGA